AUGGUCUACGGCGGGAAGCCUUCUCGGGGUUGCCGAACCUGCCGCGCGCGGCGGAUCAAGUGCGACGAAGGCAAGCCGACAUGCAAGCGAUGCGAAAAGUCCAAGAGAGUGUGUGGCGGUUACAGACCCGAGUUCGAAAUUGUCCACCGCGACCAGACGGUAUCAACGGUGCGCCGGUUGCGCAGCAGGGCUGCCGGCAGUUUGCACCAACAGCUAGUUCCGCUGUCUUCGGAGCCGACUCCGUCGCCCGUCUUAGCGGUGCCCGUCCUAGAGAGGGCGCACUGUUACUUCGCCUCCAACUUCAUCAUGGUGCCGCUUCAAAUGGGCGCCAGUUCGCCCGGUUUCAUGGAGUAUCUUCUUCCCCUGAUUAAGUCGGAACGUCCCGACACCGCAUUGCGACACGCUUUCCAUGCCUGCGCCUUUGCUCUGCUUGGCAAUUGCGCCAAGUCGGAGAGCAUCGACCUCGCGCAGCUGUCUAGGAAGUAUUACACUCAGGCCCUGUGUAAGACGCGCAGGGCACUGAGUCAUCCCGAAGUAGCUGGGACUGAUGCUACUCUAGCCGCCAUACUCAUGUUAUGCUUAUAUGAGAGUAUCACGGCUAUCAAACCAGACGACGUACCAGCGUGGCGUUCGCAUAUUGAUGGCGCCGUGCAACUUGUCUGCAAACGGGGCCGCGAGAAGAUAUGCCAAACCAGGAUAGGUUAUCUGCUCUUCUCUGAUGUGCGGCACCAUCUGGUCGUUCGAGCUCUGUCGUCUCUCGAGCCAGUGCCGUUUGGCGCCGACUGGUGGAUGUCGUACGGCGAUACUGAUUCUCUCUUUGCAACCUUUCAGCGCUUCGCUCUGGCGUUUGUCGAGAUUCGCGCAGAGGUAUCCAGACUCAUCAUCACCACGUCGCGGUCACCGGAAACCCUAGAGCAGAUGCGUAAGCUGGCAAGGCGGGCGCAAGCAAUAGACGAUGGCAUUGCGAAGUGGUUGGACUCAGUCCCAGACAAAUAUCGCCCCAAAAUGCUGUGCUGGCUGGGGGACGAAGAGGUUGGGCUUCUAGAGGGGAAGGACUACGGCGACAUCGAGGUCUUUCCGGGCCGUGUCGACGUCUACUCGGACUUUCUGACGGCUAGUGCCUGGAAUUUGGGUAGAAUGUCCCGCAUCAUCCUUGCCUCUUUGAACAUCCGGAUCACGGCGUGGAUGUGCUUCCCAAUCGACUACCGCACAGUCCCCGAGUUCGAGAGCUUCAGGCGUGUUUGUGAGGGCCCCAUCUCUGAUAUCAUUGCCUCAGUGCCUUACCAUUUCGGUUGGCAUUUGAGGCGAAAAGAGCUGAUGGUCCAUGAACGGGGGCCAGCACCAGGAUUUGCCUGUGGCCAGGAGGGACCCUGCAAGGCCCUGCCGUCCCUGUUUCUGUUGUGGGCGCUGACGUGCGUCAAGAACCACGACAUUUCGAGUGCUGAACAGCGGGCAUGGGCAAAGGGCAGGCUCAGGUUCAUUGCUGAUAAGAUUGGGUUGAAGUAUGCCCAUAUUGCUAAUGACGUUGACAUUCGCUUUCCGUCUAUGCUGAUUCGCCACGAUGGGACGAUGGAGACGCCAGCUCACAUUUCAGCCAAAGGGCUUCCUUUGAGGCCUGCCGCUGUGUCCCAGAGUCCAGAAAGCAGCUCUUCGCCAUAUCCCAGCUGA